CGCUAUUCGCCUUUCUGUCUCUAUGAAUUUGACAGCUCUUGGUGUCUCAUAUAACAGUAUUCGUCCUUUUGUGAGUGGCUUAUUUCGCUCAGCAUAGUGUCCUCAGUGUCUAUCCCUGUUGUAGCCUGUGUCAGAAUUUCCUUCCUUUUUAAGGCUGAAUAAUAGUCCAUCCUAUAGAGAGACUGCAUUCUGUUUAUCCAGUCAUCUGUCAAUGGACACUUGGAUUGUUUCCAACUUUUGGCUAUUGGAACUAGUGCAGCUAUGAAAAAAUGAAAGUCUUUUAAUACAGGUGUUUAAAACCCGGGGCAAAGAAAAGGUCCGCUUGCAAAGGAGGUGUCACCCUUCCUUGCCGAGUGAUAAGACGUUCAAAACUGAAACACACAGAGAUGUGGGAGGCAUGGGCCCCAACUGCGCUGAAGUUGGAAGACAGGAUGGAGAAAGGACCCCAGGAGGGAGAGGAGGGUCUAGACAGGGUCUCAGCUCUGAAUCCAGAACUGUGUUGUCUAGUGGUUAGAGGCCCAGCAACUACUUAUUAUUUGGGGCCAUAAGAGCUUUAAGACAUACAUUUAAUUUGUGCUGUGAGAGAACUUAAAUUUCUUUCUUUUCCCACACCCUGAAGAGUGCUGAUAAUUUACUAUAAAGUAAUCUUGUUCAUAAGACCAAGGCCACAUCAGAGCCAUCAUUUACAAGAUGUGGUUGGGAAAACACCCCAGGGGAUUUUAACAUAAAUGAAUGUAUUUUCAUUGCGCUUUACUAUGUGCUCCUUCAGGUAACGAAAAGGGGUUAUUAUCUCAGUAACUGUUUCCAUUCCAUAUAAAGAGCUUGGCACCUACCUAUAUUCAUAGAUACUGUAAUGCGAUUGGAAGUGUAGUAUGUCUCAGGUAGUUACAAGAGAACAGCUACGCAUAAUUCUGAAUUGAGCGAAUACCUGAUCAUCCAACUGCACACAGUUUAAAAGCGCGCAUAGGCGUCUUAGUGGGGGGCUUUUGGGAAAACUGCAUGAAAAUAAAUCCGCAAAGUGAAAGGGGAUAUUAUUGUGAAAUCAGAUAAGAAUUCAGUUUAUUUUCACGUAAUGGGAUCUAUACUUUACUAGCUGGAAGCACUGUAAGGCCAAACUAGAGAUACACUUCUGAUGAGAAACUCUAAAAGAACAGCAUUAAUGUACACAAGGGCCUGAAUUUAACAGGAGCAAAAUCCAAUUUAAUAUUUUAUGUGUUGACAUUUUAUUGAAGCAGUUCAGGCUGACAUAAAAAAUCUUCACUUCAUGGUGAGCAGAGGUGAAGAGUACGUUACGCCAUGGGGUGGGCAGUUAGGAAAAGGGCCCCCAAGACCAUGCUGGGGACGGAAGCGGGCCCAGGAGCCCUCACUUCCUGUCUUUCUGCUCAAUGUGCUGUCGCCGACCUGGUGCUUGUCGGGGUCCCUCUGGACACUGACCUCCCCUCCUUCUGCUUUCAGUUCUGGGAGGUGAUUGGCGAGGAGCAUGGGAUCGACUGGGCCGGAAGCUACCGCGGGGACAGCGCCCUGCAGCUGGAGAGGGUCAGCGUGUACUACAACGAGGCCCAUGGUAAGAAAUACGUGCCCCGAGCAGUCCUGGUGGACCUGGAACCUGGGACCAUGGACAGCAUCCGAUCCAGCCGACUGGGGGCCCUCUUCCAACCAGACAGCUUUGUCCACGGUAACUCUGGGGCCGGCAACAACUGGGCCAAGGGCCACUACACGGAGGGGGCCGAGCUGGUGGAGAGCGUGCUGGACGCGGUGCGCGCCGAGGCCGAGGGCUGCGACUGCCUGCAGGGCUUCCAGCUCGUGCACUCGCUAGGCGGGGGCACGGGCUCGGGGAUGGGCACGCUGCUCCUGGGCAAGAUCCGCGAGGAGUACCCCGACCGUAUCCUCAACUCCUUCAGCGUGAUGCCCUCGCCCAAGGUGUCGGACACGGUGGUGGAGCCCUACAACGCCGUGCUGUCCGUGCACCAGCUCCUGCAGAACUCGGACGCCUGCUUCUGCAUCGACAACGAGGCCCUCUAUGACAUCUGCUUCCGCACCCUCCGGCUGGCCACGCCCACCUAUGGCGACCUCAACCACCUGGUGUCCCUGACCAUGAGCGGCGUCACCACGUCGCUGCGCUUCCCAGGCCAGCUCAACGCCGACCUGCGCAAGCUGGCCGUGAACAUGGUGCCCUUCCCGCGCCUGCACUUCUUCAUGCCCGGCUUCGCGCCGCUCACGGCCCAGGGCAGCCAGCAGUACCGCGCGCUCUCAGUGGCCGAGCUCACCCAGCAGAUGUUCGACGCCCGCAACACCAUGGCCGCCUGCGACCCCCGCCGCGGCCGCUACCUGACCGUGGCCUGCAUCUUCCGGGGGAGGAUGUCCACCAAGGAGGUGGACGCGCAGCUGCUCGCCGUGCAGACCAGGAGCAGCGGCUGCUUCGUGGAGUGGAUCCCCAACAACGUCAAGGUGGCCGUGUGCGACAUCCCGCCCCGGGGGCUGAGCAUGGCGGCCACCUUCAUCGGCAACAGCACGGCCAUCCAAGAGCUCUUCAGCAGGAUUUCUGAGCACUUCUCGGCCAUGUUCAAGAGGAAGGCCUUCGUGCACUGGUACACGGGCGAGGGGAUGGACAUCAAUGAGUUUGCCGAAGCCGAGAGUAAUAUCCAGGAUUUGGUGUCCGAGUACCAACAGCUUCAAGAUGCCGAAGCAGUUCCGGAGGAGAAGGAGGAGGUCGGGGGCGAGGCAGAAAGGGAACCAGGAGAUAAGGGACAUUAACCAUGAGAGAAGCUGCGCGAGGCUGGCUGCGGCGUGGAGUCACGUCCAGUGUUCUCACCUAGGAUGAGUGAGUCCCCACGGCCGUCCCCGGCCAGUUCUGCACCGUAGCACCGCGACCCACACGCAGCCACCCAGUAUUAGCUUCAACACAGGACUGCGCGGGUGGGGAAGUACUGAUGGGCAGUAGGGUCUUCUGCUGGCACCGACUAGCCUUGAAGAGCUUCAUAUCCCCUGCCCACUCUAGUCGCUUCUUUUUAAUAGCCAGGUGAACUUAUGGUAAAGCGCUCCCUCUGUUUAAAGAUCUGGAUUGGCUAUUUGCUGUAUGCCUAGCACUGCGCCAGGCAUCAGGGCUCCACACGUGAACGCGCGGGGAGCCACGGCAGUUGAGGUUAAAUUGUAGAUGCUUUAGCUACGCUGGUAAGCGUCCCGGAAUCUGUACUCGGCAUCCCGGGCUGCUAAGGCUCUUCCUGCAGGUUCUCUCUUAACUCGCUGCCCGCAGCCCACCUGUUCACACCUGCCGUCCUCCAGAAAUGCCAGGUGACUGCUUGGUGUGCAGGAGGUUCGCAGAGGUAAAUGGGCUUCAGCGUCCACUAGUAAAUUGUGGAGACUGUGUGUACGUUUCAACGUACCAACUGCAAAGGGCAAAAGGGAGGAAAGGAGAGUGGCAUUCCUUCCCACAAAUACCCGGGCAAAAAAAAAAUAAAAAACAAAAAAACAAAAAACGACAAGCAAAACUCGAGAACUACAAUCCUCUGACCUUUAUGUCUGAAGAGCUAGCUUUUAACAUAGGUGUAUUUACAUACUUUUAAGUUUCUUAUUAAUGUUUGAUUCUGAGAAUUCAUUAAUCAUCAUCUUUGGUUUUCCUUGUAAAGGCUAUCUCGAAAUGCCCUUUUCACUUUCACGCGGCGAUCACCUCCUGAAAGCUCCCUGUAGCCGCUCUGUUCUUUAAAAGGGCACAGGCGCGCUCAGCAACCAUUCAAACGGAGGAAUUGAGCAGCGGUGGCUGCAGUGUCCUUCGCAGUUACGGAGGACAUCGUCUCAUUAGGGAACUUUUACAGUUCAAAUUAAUUUGCAGAAGUUGCCAUAAUGUUUGCAUGAUCAUGCAGCUUUAACCAUUACAUGAUUUUAAUCUGCUCACAUUACAACAGGACCAGAUACACAAAAGCGUAAUCAGAUCAUCCAUAACUUAAUUACAGUUUACCUAUUCCUGACAUACAGCACUGCCAUCCCUUCCAGCGCCGCAAGGGUUUUAAUGGCCUUCUAGAAUUACCACGGAGCUGUCCUAUUUGAUCCAUGGGUAGCUGGCGACAGGAGGAAAUAUUUACUUGCAGGCAACUGGAUUUGCUCUGUAAUCUGCAGUAAUGAGGUAGCCGGUGAAUGGGUGACAGCAGCUCAUUUUGAGAAACUUCACUCUUUUCAUGUAGUCUUAUGAGGAAAUAACUAAAACAUGUACCAAGAGAAAAUUGUCUCGCUGUUGGUAUCAUGACAAGUCUUCUAUUUCCAGAAUUACAAAAAAAAAAAAAAAAAAAUUUAAAUACUUUCUACUUGUGGUUCAAAAAGCACUAAAAACAAAAGUAGAUUUAAAAGUAGAUUUAAGGAACUGCACCUAAACGACUCCUAGUUUGAAGUUCAUAACUUCCUUAGAUGCUAAAAAGACUUAUAACCUGCGAUUACAUAAGAAUUUACACACGAUUCCUCUAGCACUUUUUUUCACUUUCUCAAACCUGAAAAGGCAAUUAAAUAGAUGCAAGAAAGGAUAAAGAUCUAAAUU